AUGGUCUCUCUCACAAGCGGGCCAUACCCGCCCACCCUCAAGGCCGAGGAAAAGGACGCCCUCAUCGAGACCGUCAAGGACUGGUCGAUAGGCAAUGGCCUCGCAGUCAGGCCGCCUCCUACAGUCAUACCCGCCGAGGCAGACCCCAAAGGAAUUGCAGCCACCAACGUCCCCGUUACUCUCUUCCCCAGCCCGUUUCCCAAGCAAUGUUUUGCUCAGGGCAAGGCGGUCCAGAAGACUUACAACGAGCUGUACGCUUCGGUUAGCAGGGAUGAAGAGUUCCUCGCCCAGGUCGUGAAGGAAGUCGCAGAUGGUGAUGAGUUUAUUCGAAACCUAUGGGAGGUUCAUACCAAGGUCAAAGCUGAGGGAUAUACACAGCCUCUCUCCCUGGGCUUGUUCAGAUCAGACUACAUGGUCCACCAAGAUACCCAUUCUUCUCCCCCUUCUUUGCAAGUCAAGCAGGUUGAGUUCAACACCAUUGCUUCUUCUUUCGGCGGUCUCUCAACAUACACUUCUGCUCUCCACAAAUACCUUGCCACAACAGAAUACCCAAUCUUGGAGAACUCUAUUGCGCAAGGGUCACUAGAUUUGCCCGAGAACACCAGCACUCGUGGCUUAGCUGCAGGCAUUGAAGCGGCUUACAACAUCUAUCCUGACUCUGAACUUGGACACCAGAAGUGUGUCAUCUUUCUGGUACAGGAUGGCGAGAGGAACAUAUUUGACCAGCGCCACCUUGAAUACCAAAUCGUCAACUCUUCGCCAUCUACUCCUGUCUUCAGACUUCCAUACUCCCAGGUGCUAAAGCACACUACAAUUGCAGACACCUCCAAGCGACAGCUUCUAUACCACCUUCCACGAAACCCUUCAAAGGUUUACGAAGUCGCCGUUAUCUACAUGCGCUCUGGAUACGGGCCUUCCGACUACCCUGACCAGCAAGCUUGGGAAGCGAGAUACCAUUUGGAAAGAUCGAAUGCGAUCAAGUGUCCUACGGUUCUGACUCAGCUGGCUGGAACGAAAAAGGUCCAGCAGAUUCUGGCAACACCGCGUCCUUCAUCUGCACCCUCAGCUCUGAGUAAAUUCAUCCGCGACGAUACGAAGGAUGCGGCAGAGUUGUGGCGCACAUUCACUAAUAUUUACCCCAUGGAUACAAGUGAUGCCGGUCUCGAAGCUCGAAAGAAGGCCCUCGACCCCAAGACUUGUCAGGACUACGUGUUGAAGCCCCAGCGAGAAGGCGGCGGCAACAACAUUUACCGAGGGGCUAUCCCCGAGUUCCUCAAGUCUGUCCCUGAAUCCCACUGGGGAUCGUUUAUCCUCAUGGAGCUCAUUACUCCUCCUCCAGUCAACAACAUCAUUCUCCGCAAUGGUAACCUUGAGCAAGGCGGUGUCAUUUGCGAAUUGGGUAUUUAUGGCGCUUGUGUUUGGGACCAGAGUACAGGAAAGGUUCAUCAUAACGAGGAGGCUGGGUAUCUCCUGCGCACAAAGGGUGACAAGAGUGAAGAGGGUGGCGUUGCUGCUGGCUUUGGGUGUAUGGACAGCUGCACUCUAGUAUAG